AUGAUUCUGCCGCCAAAGCUACGUGACGACCCCAUCAAAUGCACCACGAAGGAGCUUGGCACAUUUGCGAGGGAAACCUGCCUGGCCCUCCGCCUGCUGCAGUGCAAGCGCGGAGAACCCCCCUUCCAGAGCAACUGGGAAAAGUUCAUUGGUCCACAAGCAGGGGAGGAUGCACACAUCUUGUGCAUGGCAGCCAAAGCGGUGGGGAAGUCGGAAAAGGCGGCAGCGGAUGCAGGAGCGGCGGGGGCACUUGUGAGGGAGGAGAAGGCGGCUGCAGAGGCUGUGUGCCAGGUGUUCACCAAUGCCCUGGAAGUGCUGCCCUCCAUGCCGGUGGCAUGCGCUUGCAACGCCGAGACCAUCCACAGAGGGCAGCCUCCAGCAGCCAUGUACAGCCUGAUCUCCCGCUUGAACCACUCCUGCCGGGCCAACACCGCCUACCACUUCAAGGCAGGCGGCGCGGUCGUGGUGAGGGCGGUGGUUGACAUAGAUCCAGACGAGGAGCUGUGCAUCUCCUACCUCGACCCACUUCAGCCCUUGUCCAGGCGGCAGGAGGACUUGCAGCAGCGCUUCUGCUUCACCUGCAGCUGCGAGCGCUGCACGUUGGAGCAGCAAAUGCUGGCGUCCACAGGCCUGCAGGAUGGCACACCUGCACAUGCGCCGACGUGGUUCCUGUCAGCGAUAGCGCCCAAUGCGGUCGGGACAGAGGUGGACAGCUGCUUGACAAGGCUGACUCGCCAGGCAGAAGAGGAGUUUGUGCGCCAGGGCAAUGCCACAGCCGCCUGGACAGCCCUGGAGGCCGGCAUUCUGCAGGCUGUUGAGGAGGGGGCGCACCCUUACCACUAUCGCUGCCUGGCACUGUAUGCAUGCCUAGUCAGCGCAUACAGGGUGAGCGCCAAGCUAGGAGCUGGCCGCGUGGCGCUCCUACGCGCCGCCAUGUACACGCUGCUGCAGGCCGGCGCUGCUGAGGCAGUCCUGGCUGUUGGCGAGUACGGCGCCAUGCCUCAAGCGGCCGGGGACUGGAGCGAGGCAGGGGGGCUCCUGUGUGAGGUGCUGGCGGCCGAGCUGGCAGACCUCAAGCAUACACCGGCACAGUCAACACCACCAGCCUCCGUCAGCUCGCAGGGUCCUGUGCGGGGCAGCGCUCAAGACCAGAACCCCUCCAGCACACAGCGUAGCUCAGGAAGGGCUGGUCCUCUCGUUGAUGCGCUUGUAAGACAGCGUGCCAAUGAUGGGACGGCAGGCCAGAGGCGCGGCGCAUCAGAGGGGAACGAGUCAUUGGGCGAGGCUGCACGGAUGUCAGGAGAGGAAGACAGCCGCCCGAGCAAGCGGAGUCGGGUGACAGGGACUCCCAGUGAGCCGGCCACUGUGUACUGGCCGGAUGUGCUGCAGGCUGCGAGCGGUCAAACGGAGUCGCGCAGGACAAGUCCCCGAAAGUCAGUUCCUGAGCCGCCGGCUGAGUUUGCUGCGGGCGUCUGCGCUGCGUGGGCCGCGCUUAGCGCCACCUGCAAGCCUCCCAUGGAGUCUGCUGAUCGGUCUCAUGGCAACAUGGCCGGUGGUGACCCGGAGCAAGAUGAAGCAAGUGAUGCUCCGCAGCGGUCAAGCAGAGAAGGGGGUGGGUUUGAAGCUGCUUCGCAUUGGGAGGGUGAUAUUUCUGAUCUCCGGACGCUGGCAGGGCCUGCUGGAUUCCUGUCCUGCAGCCAGCCGCCACCAUCAAACGCUGAGCUGCGGGAAGCGCUUCAAAAGGAGCUCAAUGGCAGCGUGGAUGUUGAGGAGAAUGUGCGGAGGCUGGAACACAUCGGCAUCGGUGCCAUUCUCUGUAUGGCGCAUGCCACAUCACUGCUGAGGGACUGCCUUACAGCAUAG